AUGACUGAUGCUAAUGAAAUGGUUUUAACCAUUUGCACAGAUGGAUUGAAAUUAUUCAUGUUCUAUAAAUUUUGUAAUAUUGUUAAUAAGAUUCUCUUUGAAAGAGGACAUAUACCUACAGAAUCUUCAGGUUUUAGUAGAACCAUUCGAUUGACAAUUCAAAAAUGGUAUCUCAAUAGAGUAGCUCUUGAAACAAUUAAAUCUAUAAUGAACCAUAUGAGCUAUGAUGGCAUUAAUCACAAACAAAUUAUGUACACGAUUCAUCUUCAUUCAGAUGACCCAAGUCAUGUCAUUUACAUUACUUAUAUAUUGUAUGGUAUAAAAAAAAUGAUUAAAGUAUUUGAACCAAAAUUACUGAUAAAAGAUAAUGACUGUGAAAGGCAAAAAAUAUCAAAAAUACAACAACGAUGGGUAUACGAUUAUAUCAUAACAAUGCAUAGUCUACUUUAUUCAACUAAUUACCAAUUGACAAAUGAUUUGAAAUUGAAUAGUGUGGGGAAAGAUUACGAAAUUGUAGCUGCAGUUCCUAAAGUCAUUACAUUACAACCAGAACAAAAUUUAUCAACUGAUUUAAUGAAAAUAACUUUAGAUAGCUUAAAUCCAUCAAGUUACCGGUUAUUAAUAGCUUAUGACAGUCGAAAUUAUAUGAAUUCUCUUAUCUGUAAUUAUAAACAUACAAGAUUUCUCAAAGCUGUUGAGGCCGUUACGUUGAUUAUACAAUCAAUAAUUUACCCAAAUCAAUUAAAAGCUAACAGCAUACCUACAAUAUGUGCUUUAUCCAAUACAGAUAAAUUUAAAAUGAUUGAUAUUGAUUAUGAAAAAGUAUUGGCAACAUCAUCCUUAAAAAAUAAUUUGUUCAGACAGUCCCUAAAAGAUCAUAAAGAAACUACUCAAGUUCAAAAUAUUAAACCAUUAAGUACUCUCGAUUGGUCUAUGAGUUGUAACCAAAUGUAUGAUGUAUUUCUGUUUAUGGGCACUAAUAACAUGGAUUUAAAAAAUAUAAAAAAAGCCAAGAAAGAAUAUGAAGCAUAUUUUUCAAACACAAAAAUUAAGUAUGUUUUUGUAGAUGCUGAUAAACUAAUUAGAUUUUGGACUUUUUACUUAGAAAUUCCUAUAAUCCUAUACAUCAAAUUUUCAAAUAUUGGAAUAUCAUAA